AUGCCGUUGCCAAUGCUAUUGUUUGGAAUUCCGAAUUUUCGCCGUGGUGGUUUAGUUGGUUGGUAUGUUACGUCGGACAGUAACAUAGGUCACGUUCUUGAUCACAUGAUCAAGAAACCGACAAAUCGAGAUCGGCUUUGCGGUGAUCGAAUUGUCGGGCUUAUAGCCAUCGGUUUUUAA